AUGGAAAUUGACUCAUCAACUGGUGUCCGCGGCGACACAAGAUGGCCGGAGAUGGAGACCAUUUCGCAGAAUAUAGAUGUGGUGCCGGAAGCCACGUUGAAAAAGAUUUCCAAGGGCCCUUUGGUGGAAUUCACGCAUGAAUGCGACGAUUUUGAGAAAGUGAACCGGGUAUGGCAAAGUCUUUUCAAGACCUUUUCUACAGCAUCUAUUUCCCAUGACCAUACGACGACCUCGUGUAACGCUUUGGGAGCUUUCCUAGAUGCUGCCACUGCUUCCAAACCUGAAAAGACCAGACAGCUCGUCUAUUCCCAUGACACAUGGCUUGCCGUGUUCGAAGUCUACCUGGACCGAUUUGAGGACACCAAGCCCAAGCCCAUGAAGCAGGUCUUGACUUCUUUGGUCAAAGUCUUAACGAAGCAACGCAGUCAAGAAGGUUCGGAGCAAAUCUUGUCCAAUAUCGUUGAUGAGACAGUUCCCAGCAUCGUACUUGGCGAGCCUCGUUCUCGACGAAAGCCGUCCUUCGUCUCCUUGGAGAUCUUCAUUCGCAAGAAUGCGAUCACGCCGGCUGAACUGAUCUGCAGAGUUCAAGAUUGGCUUUUGAAAAAUCAUGAAAGAUGGACGCCGGUUCUCCAAGAUGACUGCAAAGCCCUAUCGAUAGAUAUCCCUCGAUUCAUAAGCCAAAGCCCCAGUGAAUUUUGGUCCAGAGCUACUGCAGCUAAGAUAUUUGUCCUGGGUUUCCUGUCACAAGCGAAAAAUGCAGACUUUGCUUCGUCUGCUGGAGCCACGCUUGCAGCCCUUUUCCAGAAACUAAAAGCGGCCCCAGACCCCAGCUACUUCUCUCCAGAGGAGACGCAAGAACUGAUGUCAUCCUGGGUUCCUCCAGUUAAACACGUUAUGCUGCAAAACUUGGAUGGUUUAGAGUUUAUGUCAAAUCAGAUCCUUUAUCCUUUGUCUAGCAUUGACACUAAUGGAUUCCGUUUCUUCAUGGACAAUUUACCAUACAAGAGCCUUGUCGCUGGCGACAUGACCGAUGGUUCUUCCGAAGAGUUCAUGCUCCUCUUUACAGCAUUGCAAGGGGCGAAGAAAAUUGGACUUGUUCAUGAAGAUAGAUAUUUCUCUAAGGCUGCUUCGUCCAAGCAACCCAAAGACCAACCCCUGGUUGUGAAGAGUGAAGUCAUCGGUCAAUGUCUCCUUCAUCGAGAACCCAGUAUCAGAAUAGCAGCCCUUUCCUUGCUAAUUACAGCCCCAACCAUAACCAAACCUGUUACUUCGGCUGCCAUGCGAUCUCUUCUCAAGGGUCUACCUGCAAUGCACGCCGACCCUGAUCCGUAUAUGCGAGGCGAGAUUCUCAGCUUAACCCGUAGGCUGAUUCUCCGUCUCAAGGGUGGUAUCAUAAAGGACAAAGAGGACCAGACCGAAGUCACGAUGUCCGCAAAUCAGAAGAAACAGCCGGCCUUUGCAACAAGCGAUUCCGAGACCUGGGAAUGCAUGACCGCUUACCUCAAUUUCUUGAAGUCUGACUUGCAGCCUACAGCUUCAUAUCCUCGUCAUAUCACUUCGCUGAAAGCAUUGAAACUCAUCUUAGAGGCUGGUCUGGAUCCCCGAGUUCAUGGUGCUCCUCCUCACAAAACAGACGGAAAUGAGGUUAAGUGGAAGUUCGACAUGGAAAUAUUCGACGUCAAUCUUCUCAGACUAUUAGUCGACCUCCUGCUUGAUCCAUUUGAGGAAGUGAGAGCAACGGCGCUCAGUCUCAUAAAUUUGUUUCCUCGAAACAUUCUUUUGGGUGGUCUGCGCCAAACAGACCAACCGUCGGACACAGUGCUUCAACUUACAACAGCCUUGGAACGAGCUGAGAGGCUAGCAAGCAACACCAGUAGAGCUGAUCAUGCAGACACCGUCGCCAGGUUGCAUCAUUUGCUUUUCUGUGCAGCAGCUCCAGGUAGUGCCACGUCUGAGUCGGUCUGGUGGGAGACUAAGGCUGGAGUUGUCGAUAUCAUUAUAAAAAAGUUGGAAGAAAAGCUCUCAACUGCAGGUGGUCUUUUCAAUUCUUCGAUGCGUGAUGCGCCUCUCCAUGGCUAUGUCUCUGGGCUCAGGUACAUUGUUCUGACUCCUAACUUCUACUCCCUGAUCUCGGAUCAGUCAGGAACGUAUCAAGGAUGGGAGUCUGUUCACGCAAGGAUAGUAUCGCUCUGCGACAAGAUUUGGAACGAGGUUAAACCAGUGCUCUGCAUUGACUCUCCUGAGGGGCAUACAGACGAACCGACCGAGGACCUUUCGGUUGGACCGAAGGAUAUUCUAUCCUACUCCUGGCGUGCUCUACGAGAGUCAAGUCUUCUACUCUAUGCGACUCUGUCGAACUCUAAUUAUGGACCCCAAGGGGAGCAAGGGCUCAAGAGAGCUGACUACGAGAAAAUUGGAAGCGCUAGCUUCACCCAGCUUGCUGAACUCCGCCAUAGAGGUGCAUUCUCAACCGUGUCCCAAACGUUUGCCACUUGUUGUCAACGCUGUGGUCAAUCGAAAGAUCCAGCUAUCUCCUCGCUACCUGAUGCGUGGUAUCAGGAAGCAAAUAAAAUCAUUUUCGAGACGGCAUCCAAGCUUACACGUCGUUCAGCUGGUCUCCCUGCACUGGUUACUGGAAUUCUCACCUCCAAGCCCGGCGGGCCGCUGUUCAAGCAUGUUAUCGAUGACCUUCAUGAGAUAUCUCGCCUGCCUGCCAAACAUGACACGAACAGUCAAGAAAUGGAGCUACCUCAGGUUCAUGCGAUGAAUUGUUUGAAGGAUAUCUUCACCAACACCAAGCUUGGUCCGCAUACUGUACCUUUCAUCAUGUCCGCUCUCAAUCUGUCGGCUGAGCGGCUUGGAUCACCAAUCUGGGCUCUCCGUAAUUCCGGAUUGAUGCUCUUCCGCGCCCUGCUGACACGAAUGUGUCGACUUAUUACCGGAUCCAAUCUAGGGUUCGGUGGGACCUCUGGGUCGGAGCCCGGGGCUCGUAUCUCAUUCCAGAAAUACCCCGGCUUGGUCCAGCUUCUGUCAAGCCUUCUGGCAUCGCCAGGUGCAAACCAAGACGGUGAUGAGGACAACGCUGUCCUGACAGAAAGAGUUUUCCCCGCUCUUGAACUAAUCGGUGAAAAGGUUCCGACAUACGCUGGCCCUGAUGAGAUGAUAUUGCGUCAGCUGGUCCGCGAGCAGCUCAAGAGUCCUGUUUGGGGUAUCAGGGAGCACGCAGCCCGUGUCUAUGCGUCGCUAUUGGAUCGUUCUGAUAUCUUGGGCGAGGUUAGAGCGCUGCUUGAUAUUGACCAGGAUGUUAAGACACAGAACUUCGUUCAUGGAAAAGCACUCUGUGUCAGAUUUGCCUUGCGGAGACUCGCAUCGUCGUCUCUCCUGGACUGGAACAGACAAAUGGAAGAAGUGACUUCCAUUGUGAGAGAUGUCUUCGCCGCAUUGUUUCCUCUUGCCCGAUCGCCGUUCCUUGCUACAGCCUUCGUGGAGGUAUUGGCGGACAUCGCCGAAAAGAGUGUUGAGGUGGAAGUCGAAGGCAAAAUCGCACCCUUCUUAGAUGAGAUUUUCAGCACCUAUGAUUUCCACGACGUUCUGAACUACGUAUUCGAUUCAUCUCAUCCCUCCUGGAAGGCUCUAAGUACCACCCGUGCUUCGUCUCUACUCCGCAGAGUCCUCUCAUGGGCCGAAUUCCUGAGGCUCUUUGCUUCGAACAGAGUCGAGGAACUUAUGUCCCUGUUCCAGAGUAUCUCUGCUUUCGAUUCGAAUGCUGGCAGGUCGUUGUUGGAGAAGACGCAGGAAGUCUUUGGCGAAAAGGAGCAAUACAGAAGCACGCUCCUCGAUCUCUAUGUGUCCGUUAUCCUAGGAGACUAUUCAGAGGAGGUAAAGGGAGAAGCAGUCCUGAACCUGGCAAACAUUCUGGAGGUUCUGCUCGAUUUCCGUCAUGACAAUAUCAAGGGUGUUGAUUUGCCGUGGGAAGCAUUGAGCAAGCAAUUGGACUCCGACGCGGAAGCACAUACACGGAGUAGGGAUCUAGCCGACGCAGAGUUACGCCUUCAAGGCAGCCUUCUUGCUGCGAGAAUUAACUCGAGCCAGGGGCAAUCGUUAUCGGCGUAUGAGUACGAUCUCCGCAAGUGGGCGACGAAGCUUCGUUUCGCCAUGCAGGAGGAAACGGAAUUCACUACCAGAUACGCAGCUGUGGCAUCUCUAAACACUUUUGCACGUGUUCUGCGCCCGCUUGGCAGUCCUCCUCGAGUGGACCACAUCUUCCUGGACGCCUACCUUGCGUUGUAUGACAUGCUGAAUGAUGACGACGAAGAGCUUCGUGAUAUCGCCACGUCGACAGCAUCGUGGGUUCUUUCGUACUCUUCGGUAUCUCUUUCAAAGGCCGUUGCUCUAUCUCCUUUGAACGCUGCCAGUCUACUUGCGGAGUUCAUUACACGCAACUACACCAACUCCAAGCUUCUCUGUCAAAAGAUCAUUCGCUACAGCACUGGACAAGAGCCCCGGAUCGGCGGAUCCAUCGACACAACCAAGCUCGUUUCCGUUUCUGAUACCAUCUCCGAACUUAGAAAGGAGAGCACGGUGUUGUUCGUGGAGGAGAAGCAGAACCUGUUCAUUGACGAAGUCCGCGAGGUCAAUGUCUGGCCCAAGAAACUCUUAUACCUCAUCGAGGCAUCAUACGAGGACGCUACAGUGAAGGAACUCUUCGCCUGGGUAUCCAGUGGAUUGGACUAUCUGGUCAAAAUUACUUCUGACGAUGCUGGCAAAGAUGGGCUCCUGGGUUGGGCCGCGAAGCCUGAGAUCUUUACACUGGGUAUGAGGGUGGUCAACAUUGCGGCGAUUUUGGCAUCAAAGGAAUUCCCUGCUUCUGCUUUGUUGGGUGAUGGUCAAGCUGCACUCGAGGGACAGCUUAAGUCGCUACUCAGUAACGGGAAGACUGCGUGUCUCCAUCAUGACUGGAUUGUGGGAAUUGAGCGUGCAUUGGAGAUCUCAUGA